UAGUAGUACAAUAUUUACUUGAGAUGUUUUGUAGAUUUAUUAAGAAGAUUAAUGUGAAAAUAACAAACCAGUUUUGUCAAAAGUAGGAACAGAAAUCGUAUUGUUGUUGCUAUUCACACGGAGUAUUGCAGUGAACGGACCAUCUCUAUCGGAGUUUGAAGAAGCUGACAUGUUUUGAGAGGAUUUCCAACAAAAAGAAGCCAAAAUGCGGAGAUUCACGGCUUGUUUGUGCACCGCGGUGGUUCUCCUGGAGGUCUGGCUUGGGCCGGUGAUCGGAGACAUCACAGACGGGAACGCGGAGCACCUGAAGCGGGAGCAUUCUCUGAUGAAGCCGUACCAGGGUGUGGGCAGUCAGUGGGACUUCUGGGGCAGCACUCUGGUGACCAGCUCUUACGUCCGACUCACUCCAGACGAGCGUAGCAAACAAGGCUCCAUUUGGAACACUGUGCCGUGUUACCUGAAGGACUGGGAGAUGCACGUCCAGUUCAAAGUUCACGGUUCGGGGAAGAAGAAUCUCCACGGAGACGGCAUCGCGAUCUGGUACACGAGAGACCGGCUGCACCCAGGCCCUGUCUUUGGGAACCAGGAUAAAUUCAAUGGACUGGCUUUAUUUGUGGACACGUUCCGUAACGACCUCCAUGGCAUGGAUCGUUCGUUUCCAUUCAUCUCGGCCAUGGUGAAUAACGGCUCAGUGAGUUAUGAUCACGGUAAAGAUGGCCGCUCCUCGGAGCUCGGAGGAUGUUCGGCUGAAAUCAGGAACAGAGAAUAUGAUACGUACGUCGCCAUCAGAUACUCCAAAGGACGACUCACGGUGAUGGUGGACGUGGACGACAAAAAUGAAUGGAAGGAGUGCAUUGACAUUGGAGGAGUCCGACUGCCCACAGGAUACUACUUUGGAGCCUCUGCUGCCACUGGAGAUCUGUCCGAUAAUCAUGACAUCAUCUCGAUGAAGCUGUACCAGCUGAUGGUGGAGCACAGCCCAGAAGAGGAGAACCUGGACUGGACCAAGAUCGAGCCCAGCGUCAGUCUGCUCAAGUCCCCCAAAGACAACAUCGACGAUCCGACGGGUAACUUCCGCGGGACCCCCCUGACCGGGUGGAAGGUGUUUUUGCUGUUACUGUGCGCUCUGCUGGGCAUCGUGGUGUGUGCUGUGGUGGGAGCCGUCGUCUUCCAAAAGAGGCAGGAACGAAACAAGAGGUUUUACUGAGAGGAAGCCAACUGGAUAAAACAAAAACAGAAAAACUCCAGAAUGAACUGAACCGAGGGACUUUUAAUGUGAAGUUUUCUAAAGAUUGUACAAAUGUUAAUAUGUUUGAAGCACUGUGUUUGGAGAGAGCUGGGGUGAAGGUCGGGGAUGGGACAAGAUCUCGUGAGACAAAAUUGCCACACAUUAGAAAAAAUUAUCACUUUAGUUUUUUUGUUUUUCUUCCAUUGAAUUUACAUUUAACUUGGACGAAAAAGAGUUAAAGGUGCACUAGGUAACUGUUUGGUUCAGGGUCCAUCACCUGCUUAGUUCUAUGGAUAUAUCACUGAUCUGCCUGGAAUGUUCCACAGAAUGAUAUUUAUUCUGUUGCUGAUGGUUUAGAGGUCAAAAAUACCUAGAAAAACUGGCAUUCUGACUGUGAGCGGGGUUGCCUCUCCACAGAUCUGACCUGUAACUUGGUCUGGUUUGGUCUUUGUGAAAAUAGAAAGGUUUAAUAUUAUACUGUGAAACAUUCCAGACAAAGCAAUAACAUCUCCAUGGAGAAAAGCAUCAUGGAGAGAGAGGACCCUCCACCAGAAAAUUACACAGUGCACCUUUAGGAGCUGGUAGGGUCGUCAAAAGUAUCGAUUAUCAGGUACUACCGUAUUUUCUGGACUACAAGUCGCUCUGGAGUAUAAGUCGCAUCAGCUAAAAAAUGCAUAAUGAAGAAGAAAAAAACAUAUAUAAGUCACACCGGACUAUAAGUUGCACUUUCUGAGGAAAUGUAUUUUAUAAAAUCAGAGACCAGGAACUGACAUUUCAUCUUGAAAGUCAAGUUCUAGUAAAAACAAUAGAACAGAGAACAACAGAAUGUUAACGUCACAAAUGAACAGUUAUUCAGAUAAUAUAGCAUAAACAAUAGAACAUAAGUUUACCAAACUCACAGUCUCACUCCAAAUCAUUGAAGUCAUUGAACUCUUCGUCCUCGGUGUCACUUCUGUGCGACCUCCAGAGAUAAACCAUAGAUCCAUGAGGUAAAUGGAGCACCACUUCCUCUUCUGUGUCGCUGUCAUCAAACUCAGCAUCAGUUCCAGUUAGAAUUAUUCUGGCCUUUCUGAAUCCCAACAGGAUGGUUUCGAUUGUCUUUGAAGUUCAGGCUUUGUCGAUCCAUCCAGUGACUUCCAGGAAAGUUUCAUGGAGCAUCCACCCGGUUACGGUGAAGCUGUGUUCUCCAUUUACACUUUCCGCCAGUCCCUCACAAGUUUCUCGCUCACUCCAAACUUUUUUCUGCUGCUCGAUUACCCUUUUCGCCUGCAGAUUUCACUACUUGCAGCAGGACAGGAGGCAUGCGCAGUAGAGCACAAAGUGACAGUGGUACAGGAGUAAUAGUAGUACUAGAUACUAACACACAAGCCUAGAGCCUCUCACGGCUGUCGGACUGAAAAUUAAUAUAUGAGUCGCACCGAAAUAUCGCAGGACCACCCAAACCAUGAAAAAAGCACGACUUGUAGUCCAAAAAAUACGGUAAUCGAUACUAAAGCUAGUAUCAAAACUAGAUAGUCAGGUACUGAUACUAAGAAAGUCCCACUGACAGGACAGAAGUGAAGCUUUCCUGAAUAGUUGAGCUUGAGCUUUACACAGACCACUUGGGAAUAGAAAAGAAAGUACUACAGUUUAAUGCUGAAAACCACAUUCUGUUGUUUACUUCUUUAGUAUCGAAAUUGAGUUUGAAAUUUGACAACACUACCGCCAAGUAUUACAUAAAAUAAAUACAAAUACUUAAUUAGUUCAUAGAUAUAAAUUGCGUCAAAAUCUUCUACUCCUCAUGGAAUUAAUCUGGUGAUGUUUGUCUCGUCCCAUCCCUGUUUAAAGGCGCCCUACGUAACUUUUUGAGUCUAUGGGGAGGUUGUAGCAUGGCCUGGAAUGUUCCACUGUACGGCAUGAAACAUAUCUUACAUCUACAGUAUUUCAUUGCAGAUAUUUGUAUUGCUUAAAUGCAUUCUUACUGUCAGCGCGGCCACCUCUCCGCAGAUCUGACCUGUAAAAGUUGGCCUCAUGGUGCCAUCAGCCUGUCCCCGUGGAGAUUUAAAGGUUGUAUAGACAAUUUUCCAAUGAAAGAGAAAUGCAGCGACUGUUUUUCAAAUGUUGCGCUUCGCUCCUCUUCCUCUUCUGUUCUUCUUUCAGCGACGUCAUAAACAGACUUUCUUUUGCGGCGAACUGGUCGUUGAUUUUUCUCUGCCGUUACCACAAACUUUGUGCAAACUGAGAGGAAGCUACAGUUCGAAAAAGACGCUAAGAACCGCUCUUUUGGUUGAGUAAACAGCAUCAAUGUGUGCGAGGCGAACGUAAACCACGUGAUCCCAGUGCGCCGGCAAGUCAGUGACGCUAGAAACGUAGGGAGAUUGAUUGACAACCCAACAACCAAUAGAUAAAGAGGUAGCCUUGUUAUCUAUUGGCUGAUGUGUAUCUGCCCCCACCACGUCCAAAGCUGAUAGAUUUUCAUUCUUUUUUUUUUUUGUCAUCAUAAUUACAAGGCUGCUGCGUCUCUAUAAUUCUAUUUUGAACUUUCAUCGACAAUUUGAAACAAAAAAUAAUAAUCCUAUAUACAACCUUUAAGGCCAAACUGUGGACAUAACGGUUACAUUCCAUGACCAGCAGGUGGCAGUCCUUCCACCAGAAAAGUUACAUAGUGCAUCUUUUAAGCCCAAAAUGAUUACUUUUUCAGCGUCAAGAACUUGAUUAAAAUGCGUCUAUUUGUGUAAGUAGAAAAUAUAUUCACUGACAUAAUUUUGGGCUUAAAAAGUCCACUGUAUAACUCUUCUGGCGGAGGGUAUGUCGUCAUGGAGACAGCAUCACUUUGCGUAGAAUAUUCCACAGUAUAUCAGUGUAUCAAACUGGUUGAGAAGAUGGUCCAACCAGGCCAAGCUACAAGUCAAGAUCUAUGGAAAGGCAAGCCCAAGGUGGCUCAAGGUAUUUUUCAGGAGUAUAAACCUUAACAAAAAAAAACCCAAAACAAAAUUAACACAAAAUCUUUAUAACUUUUUACGCUAUACUGUGGAACAUUCCAGGCAAAGCAAUCAAAUCUGCAGAGCCUCCAUCGGAAAAGUUACGCAGUGCACCUUUAACUCCAGCUUCCCUCCUUCCUGUACUGAAUUGCUUCUUGAUUUGUCUCUGAGUGUUUAACUUUCUUUUUCGAAGCUGUCUUUUAUUUUUUUACUUUGGGGAAACACUCUUAAAAUUGUGGCUGGAUUCUUUGUGAAGGAGCAGAUAAUUGUUUUGUUUUGUUUUGUGAUCACAA